AAAAAAAUGAUUAUGAAAAUGUUAUGAUCUCAACUGUUAUAAAUAUUUAUAUUUUACAAUUUACUCUUUUGCUUUUUUGUUGUUGAUGUUUUGCCUAUUUUAGUUCAUUUUAAAAAGAGAUCCAUCAUGAAUAUUGAAAACGCUGCUGUGAACAUAUUAAAACGUGGUGUUGACUUGGACAUGAAAAAACGAUACACAGAAGCACUAGUAUGUUAUCAAGAAGGACUACAAAUAUUAGUAGACAAAAUAAGAGGUGAAAGUGAGGAAUCAGCUAAAAGUUACUUACGAAAAAAAGUGGAGGAGUACAUGAACAGAGCUGAAACUAUAAAGAAGCUAGUUAUUCAACAAAAAGAAACAGGACAAUUCCAUGAACAAAUCCAUAUCGAAAAUAAUUCCAUGGGACACAGCUAUAAGACACUUUUUGGCAGGUUUUUAGAUAGUGAUGUGAAAUUUGUGAUUGUGGAAGAUCCCUAUAUUAGGUCUUUUCAUCAGUGCCAAAAUUUCCUGAGGUUAUGUGAGCUGUUGACAAAAUCAUGUUGUAACUUAGGACAUGUGGAACUACUUACAUACAAAGAUAAUAAAACUGAGAGGGAUCAAGAACAGUGGUUCAGAAACUUAGCAAGUGACUUGCAAAAAUACAGUAUUCAACUGGUAGUGAAAUAUUCUGAAACUCUUCAUGACCGCCAGAUUAUUCUGAGUUCCGGGUGGAUUAUAAAAAUCGGCAGAGGUUUAGAUUUCUAUAAGGCACCAGAUCAUAAGUUCUCCCUUGGUGUAUAUGACUUAGACUUGAGACAGUGUCUUGAAACAACUGUAGAUAUUGUUCAUUCAAAGAAUGUUAAACAAUCAUAUGGGUGAUAGAACAAUUUGUUAAAUAAUAGAGUGUAAAUGACUUUUUUGUAACACAUAAAUAAUUUAAAGAGUAAUAUAUUUAUGAUUGAUAAUAAUUUAUGGUCUUGUGAAAACCUUAUAACAAUGUUAUUGUAACAAAAUUGGAGUUUAUUCGAUUUGAAGGACCACAAUAUUUUUAGAUUUUUUUUUAUAUUAACUGGCUCCGUCAACUGAAUGUCGACGAUUCGGCCAAUGUCAAGGUGGAGAGAUUUAUAAGAUAAUAUUUUUAGAUUUAAACCUUAGAUCAUUUAUAUGUCUAGAUAGACUGUGACAGCUGUGAAAACGUCGAAAUAUAUUUGAGGUUGACAGAUAACCUUUAUUUUGAGCCAUGCAUGUACACCAAAGUAGUAAAACUUGGCCUGUUUUCAUCUGUUGUGUUACAAAAUGCACUAAAUCUAGAAUAAUUAAUAAGUUGUUUAACCUGAUUCCUGCCGCCGAAUUCCACCUUCGCACGACAUGCCACAAGUUAGGAUAUCAUCUGGAUGUGUGGUGGUCUUCCACAGUGUGGUUUUCAAGGAGCUUUCUUCCACAUACUACAAAGCUGUGGAAUGAGCUUCCUUUUGCGGUGUUUCCGGGACGAUACGUCAUGGGUACCUUCAAAAAAAGCGCGUACACCUUACUUAAAGGCCGGCAACGCUCUUGUGAUUCCUCUGGUGUUGCAAGAGAAUUUGGGCGGAGGUGAUCACUUAACACCAGGUGACCUGUGGCAUAACAUUAUCGGCUAACGUGAGUUAAUUCUGGAUUCAGUCCUUAUACCUUACAAUAGGAAAGAUUAACAACUAAUAAUCAGUUUUCUAUUUAUGAAAAUGUUAUUUUUAUAUACUUGUUCAAAGUGUUUUACCAUUUAUUACCUGUAUGUUUGUAUACCUACCUCAUGAAGUAGUUCAAUUUUUUUUACAAGUUGCCUGGAUUCGUUUUAUUAGAGUUACGACACUAUUCCUCCUUAGUCUUGUAAAAUUGGUUCCUGUUCCUGAUAAUCAAUAAAUUUAUAAUGUGAUAAUAAUAAUUUAAUUAUUUUGUUAAGAGUAAUAUUCAGCCCACAGUAACAAUGUAAAUCAUAACAUAUCCAGAAAACCCCAAUCAUAUUAUCAUUGUAUCCUUUAAUUGGAUGUGGCACAAGGAUAGGAUAUUAAUUGAUCAAAUUGGUCACUGAUUAAUGGACACUAUUCAUCUUAAGAAUGUUGAUAGGAUUUAUUAAACUUUGUUUUGAUAAUGUUAAUUAUAAGGAUUUGGCUAUAGUUUUACUAGAAACUCAAAGAAUAUUUUUAUAUGAAUUAAAUAAAACAUGUGAAGGCAAACAAAGUAUGUAGUUUGUUUAUAUAGCUGUUUCAUUAUUUGAUUCGCUUGUACCAAGCUAAUUAGAAACCAAUUUCUGUAUAUGCUCUUUUGCUAGAAGAAGUUCAUAAAGCUUUUGUAAGGUACCUGUACAAGCGUCUCCAGGAUGCAUAUCUUUAUCCUACAAAAUUCUUGCUGGGUCACUUGGGGAUUUAAUUCUUUAGAAACCCGACCAGCCUGUGACCAGCUCGUUACCGUCUGCAAAGUUCUUACUUAAUAAUAGACUGUCUCGAGCUUCAUAAAAAAGGGUGUGUGUACUUAUGUACGCACGCAAGAAGUUAUAGGUACUUCUUUGGCCUAACGAAGCAAAAAUCAUUAAUAUGAUUUAUACCUCGUGCUAUUCUACGUUUUUAGAAAGAACAUUUUUGUAAAUUCUUGCACGGCUGACUUUUUAGAUGUUAGAUGAUUAGAUGGCUUUGACAAUUAAUUAUUAAAUAAUGAAUAAGCCGUGAGUUAAUUAAGGGUUCAGUCAUUAUACCUUACAAUAGGAAAUAUUAACAUCUAAUAAUCAGUUUCUGAAUAUGUUAUAUUUAUAUACUUGUUUAAAGUGUUUUACUAUUUAUUUUCUGUAUGUUUCUGUAUUUCAAUUUUCUUUUCAAAUUGUCUGGAUUCGGUUUAUUAGAGUUACGACAGUAUUCCUCCUCAGUCUUGUAAUUUGCUUCCUGUUCCUGAUAAUUUCUAGUUCUAUGUCUAUUUUUAAUUUACUAAAUUUUGUUUUUAAUUUAAUUAAUUAUUUCGAUAAGAGUAAUCUUCAGCCCACCGUGACAAUAACAUUACAGUAAUAAUGUAAAUCAUAAAAUAUUCAGAUAACCCCAAUUAUAUUAUCAUACUAUGAUCACGGACGAGUAAAAAAAAGGAGGACUCCGCGCCGUGAUAUUAACAAGUUAAACCACUAAGCUAGUGUGUGUGCAGUUACGGGGGAUACCAGCUAACACAAAUUAUGUCCCGUUUUUAGUCAUAGUAUUAUAUGGCCACAUUACUUUUAAGUCCCAUUUUCUAAUUUCUGAUAUUUCUGUUUCUUGUUUGCAGUUACUUUGUUCAAACUAAUAUAAAUAUGACGUACUAACAUUUCUCAUUUUUUAAGAAUACCUACACAAAAUUCAUUCAAAAAUUUGUUUGUUUGCCACUGACGUGGUAUCAAACAUACAUACAUUUUAGGUGAACAAAUAACUAUGUGCUUUAUAGUGAUUAAGUUGCUAGGUAAAAACAAAAGUGAUGGGAAUUUUGACAGAGUACUGGAUCCCCGACAAUUCGAAUAGCUCUGCGUUGCACGCGAUUUAAUCUUUAGAACUACUGGGAUGCACCAGAUCAAAGAUGAGAACGAUACUCGUAUUGAAGUAGUUUUCCACACUAAUUAAAAAAAAUAUUGGUUAAGACAUACCUGUUAUCAUAAAUCACUGCAUCUUGAAACAGAUAAUGGUUUAUCUAUAUAUAGAACACCAUUCCAUGGAUUACCCAAUAUUUCGGGUAAAGUCCCUGAUUAUUUACCCGCCACACUGGAUGUCACUGUCCGUCACCGACGAUUGCAGUCUUAAUGGCGGCUGAUCGGCUUAUAUUAGUAUAAGUGUGUGCAUGGGGCUAUCUAUUUACACGUUAAUUGGCUUGUUCUGAUGCUUCACUGUUAUAUAGGUGACACGGAGUCUUUAUUAUUUACUCGUCCGUGACUAUAGUGCGUUUCAUCAAAUAGUUCCUAUGCCGUCAUGUUGGCAGUAAUGGAAAUAAGUGCUGUCACGUUACCCUUUUACGAUUACCCCAAAUUCAGGGAGAUUAAAAAAUUAAUAUGAUGAGUCGUCCCUAUUAACUACUAGCAGUCAAUAUUUCAGUCCUCUUUAUUGUUAAAGGCGUGGGAAUAACUUUUAAUAUCAUUAAUAUUAUCUUUCAUUUAAUAAAAAAAUUAUGUAUAGAAUAAAAAUAAAAAUAUUACAGGUUCAAUGAGAACAAAACACGAUUUUAAUCUAAAAAUGUUUAUUUUCAUAAUUUUUUACAAUAAUUAUGUUCAUCUACAUCUGACAUAUUAUUAUCCUCAGCAUCGCUAUCAUCAGAAGUAUCAGUAUCUUCGCCCACUUCGAUUAUGAAUCUUUCCGUUUCGCUAUCUAUUACUGGGCCGUCGCCGUAGUAUUGGUCUUCUAUUUUUAUGACGUGCUCGCAUUUUUUGUUCCAUUCCUCUGCAGUAAUAGUUGCAAAUGCUUCCUCAGUAAUUUGCACUAUUUUAUUAGCUUCUUGGCCAACGUUUUUUUCAGCAACUCUUCUUUUAACACACUCCAUGUAAGCUCAAUUGGAUUUAAAUCACAAUGAUAAGGCGGAAGUCUUAAUACUUUAUGGCUAUUCUCUUCUAACAUUACAUCUGCUUCAUAUACAGGUAGUUGAUUAUGUUCUUUAAUUAUUUCAUACAGCUGCGCUUUCAACAUCGGCAAAUAUGAAAGUCCUUUACUUGUGAUUCAGGACUGCAUUUCGGACUUAGUGCUUGACAUUGUUGGUACCUUAUCAACUUGAACAGUAUGAUAGGAGGCAUUAUCCAUGACAACAAUUGAUUGCGGAGGUAGAUUUGGUAUAAACUUUUCCCUAAGCCAUUUAUUAAAGUUAACUUUAUUCAUUUCAUCAUGAUAAUCGGCUGAUUUUGAUUGAGAUCUAAAAAUUUGCUGAGCAUUGGGUACAAAUCCCAUGGCGCCACCUGCAUGAACAAUAAUCCAACGUGGGCCUUUAGAAUCAGAAGAUAAAACAAAUUCUUCAGUUUCGCUUUGCCAACAUUGUCCAGCGCAAUAUGUGGCGUGUAUGUAUGUCUCGUCUAGAUAUACAACUGGCCGCUGGGUUUCAAGACGAUUUUUUCUUAAUUCUUCCAGGUAGCGAUGACGCCAGGCAACAAUGUCGUAUCGUUCCAUCAAAACCUUUCUCUUGGAUUUGCAUUUUUUGAAAUAAAAUCCCAUACUUUUUAUAAUUCUCCACAAAGUGGUGCGGCUCCCUUUAUAAUCUAUCUCAUUUCGCAGUUCAUGCAAUAGUUUUGUUAAUGUAGGCAAUUCCUUUCUUACAGAAUAAAAUUCAUGUAUUUUAUGCCUUAAAGCGCACAGUUCAUAAUCAUCCAGUUCGUGGGUUUUUCGUCGUGGGCCACUUUUGCGAGGAGUAGUCGACGUUGAAGCUGCCACUUUACCUUCUUUAGUAAUUUUCGUCACGGUCUUUUCAGAUAUUUCUAAAAGAAAAUUCAAUUUUAUAAAUUAUAACAAGAGCACAUUACUCCUAUAUUAUUGCUUUCAAUAGGUAGAAGAUAGUUAGUUCUACUUUUGUAGUGCAACAAUUAUUAUUUAGUUAUUAUCAAAUGACAAAUAUUUCAGACCCUGACUAUUGUCAGAUUUUUGUACCUAGGUACUUUAUUAAAAAGGUCAAGUGAAUUAACACUAAAAAUACUAUAGGUAAUUAGAAUAAAAUACAAUAGGAAUAUUAGAAUGUUAAGACAUAAUAAUUUGAGUUUAGUCGUGGACCUGGUAAUCAGGACCACAAUACUCGAAUUACCCGAUAAGCAUAUCACAUACGAUAUAAUGUCCUGUCUCGUUUGCGCGCACGGAGAAACCUGCACGCGCGAUAGUGACAGGACGUCAUAUCACACACAAUAUUUAUAUCGGGUGGCGCGGGAAUUGGGGCCCUGACACUGGCAACCCUAUUUGACUUGAGUGCUACCAACAUGACGGCAUAGGAACUAUUUGAAUGAAACGCACUCUAUCCUUUAAACUGUUGGAUGGCACUGGUUGAUUGGCACAAAGAUGGGAUGUUAAUUCAAAGAUUAUAAGGGCAUUAUUCGUUUUAAGAAUGUGGAUAUGAUUUAUGAAACUUUAUUUUGAUAAAUGUUAAUAAUGAUAAGGAUUUAUUUAUAGUCUGUCUAGAAACUCAAAGAAUAUUUUUAUAUGAAUUAAAUAAAACAUGUGAUGGCAAACAGAGUGUGUAGUUUGUUUUUGUUAUAGUUUACAUAGCUGUUUCAUUGUUUGUUUCGCUUGUACGAAGUUAAUUAGAAACCAAUUCUAGUAUAUGCUCUUGUGGUAGAAAAAGCUAUCCGAAAUCUAUCCUGUGACAUAUUUGCAGACCAAUGGAGCUCCGUUGUGAGUCAGUGCUUGCAUUUUUGUGAAGGUUUCAUUUCGCAAACCUAUACCAAUUCUGAGUAUACCUAUUUAAUAUAUUUGACAUUUGUUGUUAUUUAAUUUACAAAAUUUCCGUACUAAUGAAUAAUAAAAAAAAUGUCUUUAAUUUAUACUCCAAACGCCUGCUAUUUUGUCGCGUUUGCUGAGGGGCAAACAAUGACGUCAUAGUUCAUAGCAACAAACAAGCGACAUCUUUUACUUCAUUUCCCUCCGAAUUCUGACCAAUGACGUCGCGUCGCUAAAAAAAUCCUCGCUCAAAAUAACCUUCAAAACUAUAGACAUAGGGAUGAUUCUAAUUUAAUAAAUUAUAUUUAAAAAUUGACAUAUUGUGCAUUAAUCGAUGUAGAGAUAUUUAAAUAAGUACCUCACUUAUUUAAUCCAUUAAUUUUUAUUAUCAUGCAUGUACAUACUUUUUAGGCCACCUGUACCUGUACAACGUUAAUAUUAGUAGUCAGUGAUUUCGGUUUUUAUUUUUUUGUAUAAAUAAAGGUUAUUUGCAAUUUC